UUUAAUUUAAUAAAAACUCAAAACCCCACCAUUUUCUCCUGCUUCUUCUUUAUCAUUCUCCCCACCCCAAUCUCUAUAGUGUCUUCUUUACAUUAAAAUCUCAAAAACUUUUUCGUUUCCUUCUCUCAGAAAACAAAUUUUGUUGUACUCAUCACUACAAAGAAGAAGAAGAAGAAGAUGAUCAACGGUUUGAAAAGAACGUUUUGGAGCUCCAUACAUAAAAAGAAAGAUGAUGAAGGUUCACUUAAUCGGCAAAAAACAUCAACUUCAAGAUUCGGGUUUUUCUCUAACCCGUCUACCCCAAGGUCCGAUACCCGUCCCGAUUUAGUAACCUCUCCUUCUAGCCUUCGUUGGUCUGCUACAGCCGGUGUCACUACUACUCCUUCUUCACCGUCUCUUCCCGCUAGUCCCAAGCUUCUAUGCAGAACUUCCGGUGACGUUACUCCUACUAGAAACAGAAGCCCUCUCUCUCUUCUCAGCGUAUCUUCUUCUUAUUCUUCUACACCUUCCUCACCUAAAUCUCCGGCGAGCUUCUCUCUCCUCAAAUCUAAACUCUGUUUCACCAAAAGCAGUAGCAUAAGCAGCAAAUGUGGGAUUUGCUUACAAACAGCUAAAGCAGGAAGAGGAACUGCGAUUUUCACGGCGGAGUGUUCUCACACGUUUCAUUUCCCUUGCGUAGCUUCACGCACCGGUGAUCGGAAUCUACUCUCCGACUGCCCUGUUUGUGGUACCUCCUGGAGAGAUACCUCACUUCUCCCUCCUCUGUUUCUCUCUUCCCCUCUCCACGAGCUCAACACUACUGCUACUACUCACAAAUCCCCGAAAUCAGGAUCCGAAUCCGACUCCAGGAUCCGAGAAUCAAAACCCACCACCAACAAGUCCUUACGAGUCUACAACGACGACGAGCCUCUGGUUUCGUCUCCAAUCUCUCGUACCGGUGGUUUCAACACCAUACCGGAAUCAGACGAGAACGAAGACGACGACGACGAAGAUAACGGAGAAUUCAAAGGGUUUUACGUUAACACGCCGUCACCGUUAACGACGAAGACGGAUUCCGUUAAUGGACACGUGGACGUUAAGCUGUCUUCAGAAGCUGCAGUUGUGGCGGCUGGGAGAGGUUACGAGACUUACUCUGUUCUGAUGAAAAUCAAAUCUCCGACGUUACCGACGACGGCGCGUAGAUCUCCGGUGGAUUUAGUAACGGUGUUAGACGUCAGCGGAGGGAGGAUAGAGACGGUGAAGCGAGCGAUGAGGCUCGUGAUCUCGUCUCUACGGGAAACGGAUCGUUUGUCGAUGGUCUCGUUCUCGUCGAGCUCGAAACGACUGUCUCCGUUGCGGAGAAUGACGGCUAACGGGAGGAGAUUAGCUAGAAGAAUCGUCGACGAAAUCUCCGGCGACGGCGACGGGAUGAGCGUUAACGAUGCGGUUAAGAAAGCGGCUAAAGUGAUCGAAGAUCGCCGGCAGAAAAAUCUCUUCACCACCAUCUUCGUGUUAACGGACCGUAAAGCCCACCAUCAGGCCCAAUUAGCCCAGCAAGAUUUUGUGAAGUCCACGCGUUUCUCUCACUUGGAAAUCCCGACGCACACUCUGUGGCUCGUCGCGUGUAAUCAUGAUGACGUGUUUGCUAAACGGAUUAAGAGUCUGUUGAGUUUGUCUGUUCAGGAUCUUACUUUAAACCUCGGAUUAGUUUCCGGGUCGGGUCAAGGAGAGGUGACUUCAGUUUAUUCACUAACGGGUCGACCUGUUUGGCUUGGAUCCGGGUUGAUUCGGUUGGGUGACAUGUACUGCGAUGAAGAAAGACAAGUGUUGGUAGAACUCAAAUCUCAUCCGUCUAGUAGUAGUAGGUCACAGAGAAUCAUGACCGUCCGAUCUCGCCACGUCGAUCCUACGACUCGGGAGAUCAAAAACUGUGAAGAUCGAGUGCUUACGAUACCACGUCCCAUCGCCGUCAGAUCAUCGUCUAACUCGAACAUCGCAAGACUACGAAAUCUCCACGUCAGCACACGAGCCUUAGCCGAGUCACGGCGGCUGAUCGAAGUCAAUGAUCACUCCGGGGCUGAGCGGAUGCUGACGUCAGCAAGAACCUUGUUGGUGCAAUACGGUUUGAGCUCGAGUGAGGCGAGCUUACGUGGUUUGGAAGCUGAGCUGGCAGAAUUGAACCGAUUGAGAGGUAGACACGUGGCGGUGAAGAGUCCAGAGCCGGUGGUUCAGAAGAGUGAGCCGCUUACGCCGACGUCAGCGUGGAGAGCGGCUGAGAGAUUGGCUAAAGUGGCGAUCAUGAGGAAGCAUAUGAAUAGAGUUAGUGACCUCCAUGGAUUCGAAAAUGCUAGAUUUUAGUUUCUUUCUGUUUAUGUAGUUUUGCUGUUUCUACCCUUUUUUUCUUCUUCUUUUUUUUACUUAAGUUUUGUAAUGGUGUGAUACAAAGAAAAAAUACAAAGGUAUAUGAUAAAUGAAAAUUUUAUGG